GUCGAUUGUAUGAUGUAUGUCAGUUGUCAAUACUGUCAAUGUCAACGACCGUAACUGAAGUAGGGUUAGGAAAUUUAAUCAUGUAAGAAUUCUCAAUAAAUCGAUUGUAAAAGCGAAUUUUCUAGAUAAAUGGUGUAGGAUUUAGGUGAAAACUAUAAGGCGCCAUAUAACAAUGUCCCUGGAACAAACGGCUUGUGAAGACGUUGUUGCAGAUUUAAAAGCAUUCGAAAGACGACUAACCGAAGUUAUAGCUUGUUUGCAUCCAUCGACGACGAGAUGGAGAAUUGUUCUUCUUGGUGUAUCACUGUGCGUUGCAACUGGAGCUAGUCAGUGGAUUCUUGACCCGGAAACUAGGAUAGUAUCUUUAUCACAAUCUUUAACUAAUCAUCCUUUCUUCAUUCUGUCUACAAUAGUUUUGAUCGUGAUAUUACUGCUAGGCGUUCACAAAAGAGUAAUAGCAGCUUCCAUAAUAACUUCGAGGACUAGAGAAGUUCUAAGCGACUUCAACAUGUCUUGUGAUGACAGCGGUAAAUUAAUUCUUCGACCUAGGCCAACAAAUAUUACCUGACAAUUACGUUUAUGAGCAUUGUAAAUAUUUGUCCGAUAAUAGAAAUUUGUUUUAUUUA